AAUUGAAAUACCAUUACUUCAUCUCCGUCCCCUCACUCAAUCUUCGACAAUAUCCGCCGAGCAUCAGGAACUCAACGCAUCGUCCCCGCCCUCGACGACGCCUGCCUUCCCUGCUGUCCUGACGCCGUCGCACCCCCAACAUCCGAAGGCCCUGCCCCAGGCGACCCAGGCGCAGGACUCCUAAUAGGUACGGGAACCAUCAUUGGCAUCAUGACAUACCCCUCCGGAGCCUCCUGCUGCAUCCCACCUGGACUCGGCAUUCCAGGCAUACCAGGCAUCCCCAUAGGCCACAUCCCAUACGGCACUCCAGGCCACUCCACAGGCGGUGUCCCAACAGCAGCACUCAACGGCCUCCCAUGCGGACUCGUCGGCGUCAUGAAUCCCGGGUUACCCAUCAUCAACGGCGUCAUCGGCGUCGACUGAUACCCGUAAUGUGCACCGGCACCUCCGGCACCCCAAGGAUUCUGAUUCGAAGCAUACAUCGGGGACGGC